GCUUUAAAUUCACUCAGGACAGAAACACAAAGUGUUAAAGAGAAUCUAAAGUUCACACAGAUCCACAGAUCCUGAAUGUUCAGCUGUGUGACGACGAUUAAAGGAGUUAAAAUGCGGGUAACGCUUCUGCUGGUCUGUCUGCUGGCUCUGAGUGUGGCUGUGCCGCUGCAGAAACACAGAGUGACACGAUCAGAGAGCUCAGAGGAUGAUGGGGGUGACUCUGAAGAUGGCAGCGAUGAAGAAAGAGAAACAGAGGGAGACAGACAAGAUGGAAGCAAGGGAGAAGAAGAAAGAGAAGGGGAACAAGAAGAAGGAGGUGAAGGAGAAGAAGGAAGAGAAGGAGAUGGAGAAGCAGGAGAGGGAGGAAACAUAAAAGAGGGAGAGCAGGGUGGAGAAGAAGAAGAAAAAAUAAACAUUGAAAACAUCGAGGGAGAAGCUGAAGGAGGAGAAGAGAAUGAUGGAGAAGGUGAAGGAGAGAGUGAGGGAGGAGAAAAAGAGCAUAAAAUGACAGAGAAAAGUAAUGAGGAGGGAAGUGAAGAGGGAGACAGCACUGAGGAUGAUGAUGGAGGAGAACAAGACAGGAAUAAGAAUGAAGGUAAUGAAGAGAGUGAGGGAGGUGAUGAAGAGAGUGAGGGAGGUGAUGAGGAGAGUGAGGGAGGUGAUGGGGAGAGUGAGGGAGGUGAUGGGGAGAGGAGGUGA